UCCAUAUUUAUAACUGAGACCGGGCCACACCCUCACUGAUCACCUGCUUCCUUAUGAAGAGGAACUGGGAACUGGUGAAGGCACCGGAAACAUGCUCUAUUCCCAAGGCAGAACUUUGCAGAACUAUUUAAAACACACCGAGCAACCCCAGAAAGUGGAAAGUGCUGGCAGCUCUAAAUUUGAGUUAUUUUGAAGGGAGCUUGUGAAGAUGGAUGGUUGCAGAAUCAAGCCUAAUUUACGUAUAAGUUUCCUAACAAUCUGUCUUAAGCAGCUACUCCUCACAGUUCAUUACACACCAGAAUCGGUAAGAGCAGAAUCAAAAACAAAGAAACAUCACAAAGUUCAGCUCCAACUCCAGAAUAACAACAAACAGAACACUAAACAAACAAGUGUCCCCCCCCCCCGCGCCAAAACCCAAUGUUGCCAUACAACCCUGAGAAUAUUUUAUGCAAAUGUUCACAUUUUCAGUGACGUUCACAUUUGUACAAGUGAGAAUUGAGAGCUGGGCGAUCCAAUUGUGACCCAGUUCAAUUGUUGUUUUACAUCUCUGAAGUGGAGCAGCGGUGAUCGGUUAAGGGCUCUGAGAUAUAUUAACAUCUGUAGAAGUGGCAACCUUUGACAGAAAACCCUAUGAAAUACAUCUGAAGAGAGCAUAGUUACACACCAUACAAAAGAAGUGCCUCAGGAAUAAGCUGGUUGUCUGGCAACCAAAAUGUUGAAUUUUCUUUAUUGACACUUUUAGCGACGCAAUUGUCACUUAAGUAAAUCGCAGGUGCGUACAGAUAAUUAUAAACUAUAUACAAAGGACUUUUUGAAUUAAAAGAUAAUGGCAGCGAUAGCAGUGUAACUUUGGUGGAUGACACCCUUUGAUCACCUCCUGUAAGUGUCUGCUGAGAAACAACUCUUGAUGUGAAAUUGGAGUAAAUGUUAAUAAAAAAUGCAUAAAGCAGAUUAUCUACCCUCACCUUCCUCUUGUUACCUGACACACUGCAGCUCCCAGAGCACUGUGGUGCGGCUCGCUGACGUUCCUCCACAUGAAGUAGACUAUUCUUAUAGAUUAUAUAAUUCUGUUCGGGAAGACUUUUAUUGUAUCAACCCUACAAAGAAAGUUUGGGCACGGAGUUGAAUUCACUGCCUCAUUUGGUUCGCUUUCUUCUUCAGAUAAGAAGCCUGUAGUUUGAUUCUACUUUUCUUCUGGAGAUUACGAAGGAGAGUCUCCUCAGAGAUGCUGCUCUAAGUGGAGUCACACUGUCUUCCAUUUCCAUUCCCCUUCCUCCCCUCCUCCACGAGGGACAUGUGGAGUCAGAAGCUGGUGAUUAAAAGGAGAGAAAGUCUUUCAACAUCAUGGAUAAACACCAGAAGAGGAGGAUCACGUUCUUAACCAUCGGACUGAUAUUCCUGCUCAGCGGCAUCGAGUACGCGGUCAUUCUGCCUACAAUAUGGCGUUACCUCCAGAUCCUGGAAGCCCCGCCCUACUUCCUGGGUCUGGGCCUAUCAGCGUUCAGCCUGAGCGGGCUGCUGACGGGGCCGCUGUUUGGCCUGUGGUCGGACCGCAGCAGAGCCACAAAGCACAUCAUCCUCUUCUCCAACCUCUUCGAGAUCGCCGGUAACUUCAUGUAUUUCCUGGGAUAUUCAAAAUGGUUGUUGUUAUGUAGUCGGCUUGUAGCAGGUGUGGGUGCGGGGGCCGGGUCCUCCAUCUUUGGAUUCAUAACGCGUUGCACGCAAGCAGACGAGCGUGCCAGUGUCUUUGCCGCCAUCAUGGCCUUUCGCCAGGCCGGUCUACUAAUUGGCCCGGCGUUCAACAUGUUCCUACGACUGUGUGACUUCAAGCUGGGCCCGUUUGUUGUGGACAAGUACACCUCUCCCGGGAUCUUCAUGUGUGUGCUGUGGACUCUGCUCCAGUUCGUGGUGCUUGCCUUCUACUGGGACGUACCAUCUGCAGACUCAGCGGAGGGGGGUCCGUUACAGGAGGAGGUGGUGCUGUUGGAGAUGAACGAGGAGGAGCUGCCCCUGGUGGCCGCCGAGGAGGAUUCUGUGCACCGCUACCUCGCCGUCCACUCGGACUACCGGCCCCAGCCUGUCCGCUGCCCCUCCAAGGACCACGACCCAGAUCCCCCCACCAGCCCGGGCGCCGGCAGCGAGUUCCUGCGUGAGGAGGUGGUGGUUCUGCUCACGGCUCAGUUCAUUACGCUGUUCAACCAAACCGCACUGGAGACAAUGGUGACCCCGAUGACACAGCGGUACUUUGGCUUCACGGAGCUGGGCAACAGUCUGAUGUACGGUGCGUGCGGCGUGGAGGUGAUCCUGGGCUUCCUCCUGGUCCGCUGGCUGAGCAGCCGCGUGGCGGACCGCGUGGUGCUGGCCGUCGGCCUGGCGAUCUGUGGUGUGGCCUGCGUCUGGUGCCUCAUCUUUCUCACCGACCUGCGAGGCGGGUACGAGUGGGAGCUGACAGCAUUCAUCAUCGGCGUGUUCCUGCAGCUGCUGGGGCUUCCUUUCGUGGCCGUGUCUCAGGUGUCCCUCUUCUCCAAAGUCACCGCUGAAAAAACACAAGGGUUUAGUCAAGGUGUGCGUCGGUCCGUUGGGGGUCUGGCCACCAUCCUCGGGCCUCUGUGGGCGGGAGGCCUUACAAACAACUUGUACGUUAUGCUCGGCAUGAUGCUAGCUCUCCUGACUUUAAUCACGAUAAUGACCUAUUUGUCCUACAGCCACCUCACCGAGCCUAGGACCGUGGAGUGUGCGGAGGGCAGUGCAGACAGCGGCCUUUAGGCCGGGCCCCUGAGCACUAGGGCAGCACUGGAGGGGUGGUGAGGAGAGGCCCUAGGUCUCCUGAGCAUCCCUAGGGCCUCCGACCCCGCGGAGAUGAGGGGAGGCACUUCUGCAGCACAUCAAUGCACUUGUCUUGUGGCUCUGGAAUAAAAACACCCACAGCUUCUCAGCCAGCCCUUGUCGUUCAGUUGUAUGCUGACGUUGUACAAAACAAACCCCUUCCAUUUAUUCCACAGCCUCAGCUUGCUGUAGCCCGCACUGGCAACAGUACUUGUGUACGUGCAAUGUAACCGUACCUUUACAGGUAUAUGUAUAAAAGUGUUGACCAAGAAAAGCCUUCUUGACUGAAACACUGGCAGGUUGAAGUGGGUGUUUUAUCAGUAACACGGAUCGUCCUCUAGGGUCCGCUGUUUGCUCUGCGUCCCCGUUCAGAGUUUGAAGGAGCACCGAGGUCAAUUGCAGUGCCUUGUUGCCACUGACCGCAGCUUAAACAAAUCUCUCUCUUUCUUGCAUAAUAAUAGAUUAGGCAGAGUAACCUUAAUAGUUUUCUCCAAUCAGCAUUCGAUGUUUGACUAUACAGUUACUAUUGCCUGAAGUGGAACUUCUUAUCUCUUCUUAUCUUACUUCUUAUCCGACAUUUUAGAACUGAUAACGUUAGGUUCAUAGAAUUAGGUCAACUCUACGUUAGCAACCUUUUUAAAUCUUGAUAUGAUCCCAGGUUUCAUGUCUUCCUCAAGGAAAUGUCCCA